AUGAUUUUCUAUGGCUCUGAGAGACACUUCUUCACCUUAGCUUCCUGGCAGCGGUCUACAGCAGUGACACCUCGAAAUUACAGCUAUCAUGCAAGAUUUAUUUCAAAGUCUAGUGAUAACUCUCUGGAAUGCUGUGAAAUUACUGUCACCACCACAGAGGACUUCGGUGACCAAGAAAAAGAGAGCCCAGACAAUGCAGUCAUUUACGACAAUGAAAACUUCCAGAUUGGCCAGGCUAUGGUGGUCCUGAAGAGCAGGGAUGACCAGGCGACUGUGACUGGAGCUGAAGUGACCUUCCAUGAAGCCUUGGCAUCUGGAGAGCAGCUGAAGAGAGACAAGAUCAACAUCCAGGUGCUUGAUCCCUUUAUAAUUAAGCCCCUGGAUAAGAAACUCUUCCUUGACAGUGCCCGAGCAACCCAUGGCAGCAUCCUGACUGUGGAAGACCAUUACUAUGAGGGUGGCAUAAGAGAGGCUGUAGCUGCUGCUGUAGUGGGUGAACCAGGCAUCACCAUCACUCACUUGAUGGUCUCUAACGUCCUGAGAAGCCUGCAGAGCUGCUGA